AUGAGAGGGAUUGCCGCCGGAGAAGAUCACUACGAUUGGUCGCCGUCGAGGGUGAGCACUCCGUCGCCGCUUGACUGGAAGAGAUCCGACGAAGCGUACGCCUCACCGGAAAAGCGUGAAAGACGCGAUCAAAGCGGGCCUCACCAGAAAAGCGUACGCCUUUCAGAUGCUGUUGCAAACUUUGGGCCCGGGCUUAAGCCUCCAUCUAUGCACGAAUUGAGGACAUGGAUUCUUAAAGAAGAGGUGAAUGACCUAAGUAUCAUUAAGGAAGAUCACAAAAAAGCUUGGAAACAAUAUGGAUGUUCAAUUAUGUCAGAUGGUUGGACAGAUGGAAAAAAAAUUGGAGAGGAGAAUGUUGUGCAAGUCAUCACUGAUAAUGCCUCUAAUUAUGUGAAUGCUGGAAUGAGGCUUAUGGAAAAAAAGAGUAGAUUGUGGUGGACUCCUUGUGCUGCUCAUUGCAUUGAUUUGAUGUUGGAGGAUAUUGAAAAGUUAAAUGUUCAUGCUACUACACUUUCUCAAGCUAGGCAGGUUGUGAAGUUUAUAUAUGGGCAUACUUGGGUUCUUAGCUUGAUGAGAACAUUUACAAAAAAUCAUGAACUUAUUCGUCCAGCAAUUACACGGUUUGCUACUGCAUUUCUUACUCUCCAAAGUCUUUAUAAGCAAAAGCAAGCUCUUAUAGCAAUGUUCUCCUCGGAAAAAUGGUGUUCAAGCACAUGGGCUAAAAAGGUAGAAGGUGUGAAAACUCGAAGUACAGUGUUGUUUGAUCCAAAUUUUUGGCCUCAUGUUGCUUUUUGCAUAAAGACCACUGUUCCAUUAGUUAGUGUCUUGAGAGAGGUUGAUUCAGAGGAAAGACCAGCCAUGGGUUAUAUUUAUGAGUUGAUGGAUUCAGCUAAGGAGAAGAUUGCAUUUAAUUGUCGGGGCAUGGAGAGAAAAUAUGGCCCAAUUUGGAGAAAAAUUGAUGCAAGAUGGACUCCGCAACUUCAUCGACCUUUACAUGCAGCAGACUAUUAUCUUAAUCCUCAAUUGCGGUAUGGAAAUAAGUUCUCUAAUGUUGAUGAGAAGUCCUACAAGUUGGUGGAUGCGUUUUGGGGGUUCAACACCGGAGUUGCAAAAGUUUGCUAUUCGAGCCCUUAA